UAAUUCAUAAGUCAUCAUCGUUGUUGUCGUUGUUAAUUUAAAAUAAUGGGGCUGCAAAGGGCAGCACUGCCAGCAGCCAGUUUUGUCGCAGCUACCCUGACAAUAUUGCUAAUAUGGGCGCCAGAUUUCGUAAAUGCAGUCCAUCCGCCGGAAAUCAUUAAGAAGCCACAAAAUCAAGGCGUACGUGUAGGAGGAGUCGCCAGUUUUUAUUGUGCAGCGCGUGGUGAUCCACCACCGUCGAUAGUUUGGCGUAAGAAUGCUAAGAAAGUAUCAGGGACUCAAUCCCGUUACACUGUUCUGGAGCAACCUGGUGGUAUAUCAAUUUUACGUAUUGAGCCGGUACGCGCAGGUCGUGAUGAUGCACCAUAUGAAUGCGUAGCAGAAAAUGGUGUUGGAGAUGCGGUGUCCGCUGAUGCAACGUUAACUGUUUACGAAGUCUCUCGUUGUAAAAAGGAUAUGCUUUUUUGUUCUGAUACACCUUUGUAG